AUGGUUGAAGAGUGUUGGAAUAAAAUCACUACAACAGCUGAAAUAUUUCAAAAAUACUGCUCAGAAAUUGGGGUUGAUGAGAUUCACUUUGAGGAUGUCUACUCUUUAGAAGAACAAUUGGACAAAGAAACUAAAGGGUUUAUAGUUAGCCUUCCUUAUCCAAUUCAAAACAUACACUUUUAUGAAAAUAAUUACCAAACAGAACAUCACCCAAUUUUUAUUCAACAAACUAUUGGUAAUAUUUGUCCAUUAAUGGCAGUUAUUCAUAUUUUGAUUAAUUCCCCUUCUGUUAAAUACCAAAAUGAUGGGGUGUAUGGUCGUUUUGUUCAUUCAUUACAACAGGCACAAACGAAGGAAGAAAUAGCACAAUGUUUCCAAGUAUUUAAACAAAUUCAUUUGCAAAUAUCAAGAAAGUGUAGUACAAAAGAAGAUGAAGAACGAGAAAACACACAUGAAGUAUACCACUGUAUUGCCAUUAUUCCAUUUAAUUCAUACAUUUUUGUUUUAGAUGGGAGAAAAGGAAGUUAUUGUGUUCUUCCAUUACCUUCAAGGUCAUCAUUUGUAUCACAAGCACUGUCAUUUAUUUGUAAUAAUGCACCAUCAAAUGGACUAUUUUCAGUAGUAAGCCUACGUUAA